CUAGAAUCUAAUAAAUACACGAUUUGAAUUAACUAAAAUUACAUUGCCUAAAAAUAUUGUAAAUAAAAACCAAGUGAUUAAUCGAACUUUAUUUUCAAGAAUACAGCAAGCUUUGGAACGACACCGUUUGCUCGACCUUAGCUAUGAAGGGACGUAAACAGAGCCCGGAGUUAAAAGUAUGGUAGAACACAUUUCCUCGUAUUUUCAAAAAAGCGUUUCUAGAAAGUUCCAAAACGAUCGUGUCACCGCAUCUAACGGAUGAACCUAGGGUUCCGAGGGAACGUCUCAUAUAUUCUUUACCACGAUAACGUUCCAGCUCGUAGUUCGUUGAUAAUAGAAAGUUUUUGCUGAAUCUUUUAGCCCCGUUUCUACUUUAACAUUACCCAUCUAGCCGAUCUUUUUCUCAGUGAGUUUUCACUGUCAAAAUUUGAACAAGAUUCUAAAAAAAAACAAAGAUUUAGUUACUAUAUAUGGUUAAAGGAAAAUCGCUGAAAGAACGCCACGGCAUGUUAAACAUUGACUUUAAAGAUGUCUCAAUCAUUGAAAACAAAAUGGCAUACGUGUAUUUAUGGAUGUGUUGGGUGCGAUUCGUAUUGUUUUCAUAGAGACCGACAACCAUAUAUAUAUAUAUAUAUAUAUAUAUAUAUAUGCAUUGUUAUUACGUGUUGCUAUGUGAUAGUCAAGUCAUCGGUUAGAAAGGUGAAAAACAAAAUAACAGCAGGACAGAGUUUACCGAUAAAUUAUGUUCUUGUCUAUAAACGUUAAGGAGUUUUUCUUUAAGAGUUGCUGUUGUUGACGUAAAUAGGAAAACCCGAGUGAGUGAUCACCCUUUGUAUUUAAAUAAUUGAUUGAAAACAGAGCUUGGUCUAUAUUAAAAGCAUUAAACUAUUGUUGAUUCAUUCUCACGCAUAGACUGCAUUUCCUUAACAUGCAUUGUUUUUAACAUUACCUAACAAAAAAUCAUUUACUUAAAGAUGUCCUGCCAUGGGGGAGGUAUUAAACCAAGAAAAUCCAAACAGUUAAAAAGCUGCUACUUUGUAAAACUACACACAAAUUUAGUGUUUGACGCAAAAAUAUUUGCUUUUUUUCUAUUAAGUUAUCCCAGUAACUAUAUAUUACAAGAAAACAAAGUUAAUCUAAAUAUGACGAUCUAAUUAUAUAUGCUGAAGAACAACAAAUAUUGCUUUUAAUAUAAAUCUAUCUAGCCUAGUUAUUGUAAUUGCUACGUAGGGCUGCAAGCAAUACAUAAUAAGCAAUUUAGUUAAACGUCUCAUUCUAAUGUACAUGUCCCUUUACGUGGUAAGAAAAGUAGCAAAAUUACUACCCUAAGAUUUAAAAAAAUAAAUAAAAAAGAAGAACAGAAAAAAACGGUAAACUAUGUUGUCCAUGUUUUCCAACGAAACAACGUCCAAAGACACUUCAUAGCCAAAAGCUAUGAGGCACUUCAGGUCGACGGUUAGCCAAGGACCAAAAACCUUUCCUAUCUAAAGUACGCGAUGAUACAAAAUGGCUGCUUUUCGCGGGCUUCCGUUCCGUUUAUUUCCGUUGUCGUCUUCCGCAACCAAUCCUGGCAUACUGUCCUCGCCACUUAGCAGACAACCGUCGUCCACCGUGACGUCAUCAACACCACGAAUCAGCUGUUUGAUAAGGCCGUUCGAGGAGACAGCGUUGUGCUACUUUGUUGCUGCUACUGCUCCUUCUGCUGCUGCCUAUUUCGUCCUGUGUUUGUUUGCUGUGUGUGUGGGUACUGUUGGUGGAGAGCUUUCUGGAUGACCAACCGUCCAACGACGAACAAGCUCAGAGUAUUCUUUCUUUCCUUUCAUCUGUGAUCGUGCGAAGUUCGUUAGUCUUCGUCUCGUUUUAACCAUUAAUCAGCACUAGCCACUAACGAUGAAUGAGGCGAGUUGUGCGAGGCGGUAAUCGAGCAUUUGGCAUCUAACAUCCAGGCGUCGCACGCAGCAACGGUGGCCUGCCUCUGUGCGCCUAUAUGGAGAGACUGCAGCUUAUGUCGUCUGUGUUGUCUGUGCUGAUUUGCUACUGCUGCCGUUAUCCUCAGUAAUAGAAACACAACUUCGAGAGAUAAAGCCACGGUCGGGCAUCGCGCGUAUUGUGUCGGUUUCCGAGUGGCGUACCAGCUUACUACCGUUGAAUGCUAACAGCUAGUUACGAAGCAGCCGUACGAAGCAAUCGGCCGCAUCGAACUGACACUCGUUGUUCGUCCAUGGUUUCGUGCUGUGACAGCUGAGAAUUCCCCACCUGCAACUGUGGCGAGUUAGUGGUAAUCACGAUUGCAUAGUCGUUUCUGAUCACAGCCAUAUAAAGACCAAUGCGUAAAGACUGCUGCUGCUGCUGCUGCUGUUGUUUAGUAUAGCUGGUUUUGCUGACUGGCUGGCUAGGUGGCUUCUUUGCUGUCUCGUCCGUGUGCCCUGGGUAAGGAGCAUACAUACGACAAUUGUUCAGUGAAUAAAAUUGUCAAGUUCGGGUCCUGUCGUCCUAAUUUGCAUUCACCUGGCCACCAAUGUUUGUGUGCCUGCUAAGGUGCUCUUGGCCUUUCGUCCCAGCAUUGGUGCAUGUCUGCUGACAGCAGUGCUUUGUUCUUUAUAUAUAUGUGCGUGUUUCAGUGGCUCGCAGCACCGUCGUUAUCUCGUCGUGCACUUAAACCAUCCGACCAGCAAGUGAUCGUCAGCAUCAACAAAAUUUUGCCAGUCGCGACGGCACCAGCAGCAUUAACAACAUUAACAGCAACAGCAGUAGCACGUAUAGAAGCAACAGGACAGUGCUUAGCUGUCCGCUUUUCUUCUAAUUCCUAAGAUUGGUCGCUCACUACGGAGUAUCGUGGUACAGCCAUCCGCCAUUCAGGGGCAGUAGUGGCGGAUCCGGUGGCAUUAACAACUUGGGCUGCUGCGGUCGUGGUCGUUGGUGCGAGAACGGCUGGCCCAGACACGACAUUCGCAGCAGUGCUACUUUUUAGGGGUGGUGGUGUGGAGAGACAUUGGCUGGCGUCACGGGGAGACGUCCGGAACCGAGGGUGGCGUCACGCAGGAGGCCCGAGGACGGGGGAUCGCCUCCCGAUAUCUCACUUAAGCGAGCCCGCACGUCCGGUCCAGCCGAGUCGUCUUCGUCAGCGUCCACAGCGACAGCUGCCGAAACAGGGGGGAGAAGCCAGGCAACAACAAGUGUUACAGCGACAACGACCAGAACGACAGGAGAGGCAACGACGCCCGCGACACCUGCCCCCCGUGGGGGCGUCGUCGCCCCCGACGACGUCCGUUCGUCAUCGGCGACUUCGUCCCCAGUUGAAGAAGAGGUGACGGCCGACACCGGUAGUUCAUCUUGCCGUCGAUCCUCGUCAUCAAAUCUUUCCGCCGCCGCAACAGCAGUCACGACAAUGUCAUCAAUAUCAGCUGAUGGCGAUGCGUCAUACCGCAACGGAAAUAGUGGCAUCCCGACGGCUGUAGCGUCAGGCACCACAGGAUCGAAUAACGAGCCAGCAACAACCAAUAUGACGAUGACGAACGCCGGUAAUCAGCUAAGUUCGACCGAUGCGAAUGGCGGGGGUGCCGACCCCUCGGAAAAUAGUAAUAGUACUAACAGUAGCAGGGCCACUACAGGUGCAAGCAAUAGUAACAACAGUAGUUCGAGUUCGACUUCGAGCAACUCGACGAACGGUCAUGUGUCGUCGAUGGAAGGGAACCAUAGAAGUGGGGGGACAUCUAGGGACUCGCCAGGACGCAAUGGAGGAUCUGUCACGCUCAACCUGCCAUCGAGAGACCCGUCCGAGCUAGACAUCAUUCGGAUUAUUGGACAACAUCUACGAACGCUUGGUCUACAGCGAACAGCGCACGCUCUUGCCGAGGAAUCUGGCCUUACUCUCGAUCACCCACUGGCAAGCAAACUUCAAAGACAUGUCAUGGAUGGCGAGUUGGAAGCCGCUGUUGCAGAUGUUGAUGAGUUGGAACCUAGCCUGCUGGGUUCAAAUGCAAGAAUCAAAAUGCAUUUCCUCAUUUUUGAGCAGAAAUUUUUCGAACUUCUCGUACGGAACAAACCGCUAGAGGCAUUAAAUUGCCUUCGACAUCAAAUUAGUCCGCUCCGACAUAACUUUUCUCGGGUCCACGAACUCUCCAGAUACCUGAUGAUCACCGAUUCAAAUCCUGUAUUGGACACAUUUCGAAUAGAUGUGGGGGAAACACGUCUGACUUUAGUGGAACGUUUACAAAAAUUCCUUCCUGCAUCAAUAAUGCUGCCUCCGAAAAGAUUACGGAAUCUCCUUGCCAAGGCGCAGUAUUAUCAGCUUGACCGGUGUCCUUUACAUUAUUUGGGGCCGGACAACGUAGCUGGCGAAGAAGAGUUGAUGCCAGAUGUAUCUCUUCUCACCGAUCACGUUUGCGAUCGAAGGAACUUCCCGUGCACUACCACACAGAUUCUGUCGGAGCAUGCGGACGAGGUUUGGGUAUGUGUGUGGAGCCACAGUGGACUGCGUCUGGCAACGGGUUCAAAGGAUUCAACAGUUAUUCUCUGGGAUUUAGAUCCCGAAACACUGCAAUUGAAGGUCCGUUACACUCUUGAAGGUCAUACUUAUGGAAUCACCUGUAUCUCGUGGAGUCCAGAUGAUAGCUUAUUGCUCGUCUGCGGUACUGAAGAUUCUUCCGAUAUCUGGAUGUGGGACACCCUCAGUGGUCGUCUCCGCCAGAAGCAUUCGUAUUCUGCGGAUGAUAGUUUGACGGCGUGUGGUUGGCAAACCCCGAUCCGAGGAAGUAAUACAUUUACAUUUUUAGUAGGCGGUGCUCGAGGGCAGUUCUAUUACUGUGAUCUUGACGGGACUGUUGUGGAUUCCUGGGAAGGCGUCCGAAUUGUCUAUAUGCGCUGCCUUGACGACGGCAAAACUGUACUUGCUGCCGAUAGUCAUAAAAGAAUACGCAAAUACUACACAGAUGAUAUGCGCGAGGAGCACUUUAUAUCGGAAAGUUGCGCGGUCAUGUCGUUCGCGGUCGAUAAGGCAGGAAAACAGAUAGUGCUCAACUUAAACGGACAGGGCCUGCAUCUUUGGGAUAUUGAAACCAAGACACUGGUGAAGCGUUUCCGGGGCGUCGUGCAAGGUCACUAUACAAUUCAGUCCUGUUUUGGUGGUAUCGGAGACAAUUUCAUUGCAUCGGGUAGCGAAGACCACAAGGUGUACAUAUUCAACCGAUCGAAAGAAACGCCAGUCGAAGUCUUAAGUGGUCACAUACGGACGGUGAAUAGCGUUGCAUGGAACCCUCACUUUCCGCAGUUGCUUGUGUCUGCAUCUGAUGAUGGAACCCUGCGACUCUGGGGUCCGGAUACAUCAUGUGGGAUACCUUCUGAACCGAAUAUUUCGAUAGACGGUAGCAGCGGCAGUAUAGGCAGAGCGGAUGUCAGUACCGCAGAUGUGAGCGGCGAAAAUAUUGGAAGUGAUAACGAAAUGGCUGAUUAGGUAUGGAUAUAUAUAUAUUGAGAAAAGCAAUGAUAGGAGAUCUACAAAAUCAACGUUAUAGCAAAGAUUUUUAACAAUUACUGACCUACCUAUUAUAUGUGAACAUGGAAUUUAGACCUUUAUUAUGGCUCCUAUUAUUCAUAUUAUUCACCUGCGUGUGCGCGAAGACAGUUCAUAUAACGGCGCAUUUUCGAAAAGUUAUCCACUAAACAGAUAGCUUGUGUUUUCAUAAAGCUGAGUGAGCGACUGCCCGAUGCGACAUUUUUGUUGCUUUUUAAAGCGUUCGCCUACAUUUUUUUUUUUUUUAUUUAUAAGUGAUCUUUUGCGCAGAUGUAUUUACCAUGAAGAAUCUUCUGAUGUGUGGUUGACUUAAUUUAUCUCAGUUAUCUCUAAGAUUUCAUUUUAUUAUCAUUAUUAUUAUUAUGCCGACUCCGAGUCAUUCAAUUAUUGACAGGCGUCCACUUUGUAUAGUGGUUAACUAUUUCGAGGUACUGUUUAUCUUUUUUUGUGAAGUAACGAGAUCCUCUUUUAGUUAAAAUCCAACUGGGGUUGGGUUUUUCUAACGUAUAACUCACGGCCUGCAUCAGUUGUUAUUACUAUUUACUUUUUCCCAUUACCUGCUGGACGUGCGCUGUUGGCAUUUAUUUAAUAUGUGCGUACGCAUAGACAUAUAAAUACAAAAUAAACAUAUGUAGAUUAGAGUGGUUCCAUAAGCUGUGGCUAGCUCUUAUGUCCGCUAUUUUUUUGAAUUGAUGAUUGAGCGAUCGGUUGAAUUGCUGUUUCAUAUGGAAAAGGCACAAUACUGUUGAGAGCAAGAGAAGUUGCUAGGCGUAGGUUAAAUAUAAACAUCCCUGAAUCAUGACUUUAGGGGGAUAAAACAGAGCGGCUUAUAUUCUAGAUUCAACACAAUUUUACACACCAGAUAUACUCCUCUUCAAUAAAAUUCGAUGCGCAGGGUUGGCAGCACCAAAGGAAAAACAAACUUGAAUUGGUAAUAUCUAAUUUUCUGACGGAUGUAAGGCCACAGAACCGUCACAAGGAUCUAAAAGACCUUGGAUUUGAGAGAGUGCCAACGGAAAGUACCGAAAUGCAAUCUGUAAACAGCAGCUCUAAGUCUCCAAGGUGUUGGAUGGUCGAAUUUUCGUUUUUUAUAAAAUUACGAAAAGUACAUAUAAAUGAUAAAUUUUGUAGGGGUACAUCAUUACGGUUUGUCUUCAUUGGAGGUAAUACGUAUAUAGAAAAGCUAGCAAAUGUAUCCUUGCUGUCUUGUUUCCUAUUGCACAAAUCGAAACAGAUUGAGAUGUGUCGAAAGGAAUUGUCAUUUGCACAUGUCACACGUAGGUAGUCACUAGUUUACUAAUAGCACAUUAACGAUGUGCUGGUGUUUUUACAAGUAUUCAGGUGACCAUCAUGCAGUCGCCUGUUUCUCGUAUAUAUGUACAUGUUCCUUCAAUAAUAAAUGUAUGACCUUAAGGUAAAGGUGUAUAACUCUGAUAGCGGACACUUAUCGCUGUAGGCCAGGCAUUGCUGGCUUGCGGGGAACCGAGCACAAAUACUGCAUGCCUCUUCUCUACUGUAUAAACAGUCGUUGGAAGAAAACAUUUUGCUUUUCCUAAUUUUUCGCUUGCUAAUUUCUAAACAGCUAUUAGCAAUGUCGGCGUAGGUUCUCCGAUCAUUUUCGCCCUGUCAACUGCCAUUUAGUGGCUAUUUUUUUACUCUUUGCAUUGUUUUACCAGAUCUGCAACUACUGCCGUGUUUCUAACUGAAAGCAGUAGGUUGUCUAAAACGGUAGCGUUUCGCACCACCUGUGAAGUUUGAGUAUAACAUGACGUCGUUCAAGAGGUAAACGAAAUUAACAAACAAACCUGCUAGCUUUUUGAUCACGUGGACAGACUGAAGUGCCAUAAAGAUGACGUGACUCUGCACUCUCAGAACGGCAGAAACCAUGCCCUACACUUUAAGGUAUCACCUUGUCGUAUCUGGCAGAGUUGUGUGGGUCACAGGCAUCACUAUAUUAUACUACUGCUACUUGCAGCAGCGAUUCCGAGGCGAUGCAUAUUGUGUGGCAUGCCGUUCACAUUGUUUUUGAAACCUAACCCAUUAGUUAGUACUCAACUGAUUGGGGUCACUCAGGCAACCGCUCACUACUCUAUGACUCUUAGCUGUUGAUAUGUCAUAAGAUUCUCUGUCUGUUGCAACUACAGCUAUCAGGUCAUACGAUAAAAGAAUGGCGCUGUUUCAAAUGUUUUUUUGGUUAUUACCUCUCCACUUCGAAGUGGAUAAACCCGAGAGCGCCGUUUCUUGUUUGUAAGUCCGUUAUAAUUUCAUUGUACGUUGGACAAUAUUUUUUGUCGAGUUUAGGUUUUGAGGAGUAAUGUUCCUGAUUAAGGAAAAAUGCGCCCACGACAUCUGGUCUAUUCCGCCUUUUACCGAGUUCACAAGGUUGCUGAAGCUGCCCGGGAUAUUUGUGCCGUGUGUGACAUGUACUUCAUGUUUAAGAGGACUACUCAAGGAUGACUUGCCAAGUUCAAUAGCGACGUCUUGAAACUGAAAGCCGGGCAGUACGUAACCAUUCUGGCAGGUGUGCUGGACGGAACGAUUACGCGUGAUAAAAAGUUCUGUCUUCACAUCAAUAUGAAGCAAAGAAAAGGAUGAAUAAAUCCGGAAGAUAUGCGUGAGAGUUAAGCCAGAUUUUUACCUCAAGAAGACUAUGAUCUGUAUUCAAUAAGACUGGAAGAAUCUUAAGCACUGCUAAAUAUUUCUGAAAAACAAGACGAUCAAUAGUAAUAAAAAAAAAAAUAAUAUCUAUAUUUCGCCUAAAUUUAUUAAGAAAACAAUGCUAUCUAAUGACAGUGCGUGGUCAUUUUUCGCUACGUCAAUGCCAGACCACACGGCAAGGGUUGUUGACGUCACCCUGCAAGGGCUGGAAUCAAAGGUUCUUUCGCAGCCUUACUUCAACGUUUCCUGAUCACUCACAAGUGAAAUAAGCAGCAACACCUUUUACAAUGAAGAAAUUCUGGAAAAAUAGCUGAAAGAGUUCAAUAGCAGAGGUGAGCGUUUUUUGUAAGACGGAACAAAUAAAUUCGUUGAGAGAUGGGGGAAGGUCGUAGAGAGUAAUACAUUAUUAAUAAAUG